CAUUAUGCAAUGGUAUAUAUCUUCGAGUUCUUGAUCUAUCUAAUAAUUCCUUGAAUGGCACCAUUCCCCAAUGCUUCUACGCAAUGAGUGAGACUCUAGGGGUUCUUAAUCUAAGGAGAAACAACCUCUCUGGCACAAUAUCUGACAAAUUUCGAGGCAAAUGUGGUUUACAAACUCUAAGUCUCAACAGCAACCAACUAGAUGGAAAGUUACCCAUGUCUCUAGCCAAUUGCACAAAUUUGGAGGUCUUGGACAUAGGCAACAACCAUAUUGAGGAUAUUUUCCCAUGUUACUUGAGGAACAUAUCCAGGCUACGUGUCCUUGUUCUGCGAUCGAAUAGUUUUCAGGGGUCCAUUGGUUGUAAUGGGACAAAUGUCACCUGGCCUAUGCUUCAGAUUUUGGACCUAGCUUCAAACAACUUUACUGGUCAAUUUCCAAGAAAAUCUUUUUCAACCUGGAAGGCAAUGAUGGCCAAUGAAGAUAAAGUCAUGUCAGAGUUCAAUCACCUCCAAUUUAAAUAUCUAGGUUUUGGUCAGUUUUAUUAUCAAGAUGUAAUUACAGUUACCACUAAAGGUCUAGAGUGGGAGCUAGUGAGGAUUCUGACUCUCUUUACCUCAAUUGACGUUUCCUGCAACAAACUUGACGGCCCAAUACCAGAAGAAUUAGCAGCAUUCAAAUCACUAUAUUCUCUGAACUUAUCACAUAAUGCUCUUUCUGGACAAAUCCCACCAUCUCUGGGAAACUUAACUCAGUUGGAAUCGUUAGACUUGUCAAGCAACAAUCUCACUGGGGAGAUCCCUAUGCAAGCUGAAGAUCUUACUUUCUUGGAAGUCCUAAACCUUUCGUUCAAUAAAUUGGUGGGGCGGAUUCCCCAAGGCAAGCAAUUUGCUACGUUUUCUGAAAAUUCCUAUGAAGGGAACAGAGGAUUAUGCGGAGACUAUUUGAAUAAAAAAUGUGCUGCUGCUACAGGGCCAAGAUCGCCACUUCCAACAUUUGAAGAAACUCAUUUGAAUCCUGUGAUUGUGAUCGACUGGAAUGUCGUAAGUGCAGAACUAGGAUUUGUUUUUGGCUUAGGAAUUGUCAUUGGACCUCUUAUGUUUUGGAAGAGGUGGAGGAUAUGGUAUUACAAGCACGUUGAUGACAUUCUUUUCAGCAUCUUCCCUCAGCUGUAUCUUGGAAAAGAAUAUUAUCAAAGACGAGCAAAGAGGAAUAAGGAGCGAAGGCACUAUUGAUAGGAUGAUAGAGCCCCAGCUAAGCCACAUUGCUAAUUAAAGGUUUUGAAGCAUUCAUGAUGGACUGAAGUCAUGUAUCUUGAAGUUACUGAGACAAAUUUAUAGUUUUACUAAAGUUUUAGAUUUGAUA